AUGAGGCUGAGGGCGACGAUGACGACGAAGACGAGGACGAUGGAAAGAACGAUGACGCGGGCGACGGGAAGGUACGAGGACAAUGAAAAGACCCAUGGCGCGAACGACGAUGAAGACGAGAACAAAGACGAGAGCGAAGACGAGAACGAAAACGAGAACGAAGACGAGAACGAAGACGAGAACGAAGACGAGAACGAAGACGAGAACGAAGACGAGAAUGAAGAUGACGAGGACGAAGGCGGUUGGAAGAACAAGAGCGCGAGAGACGAUGAAGCCGAGGGUGCAGAUCACGAGGACAAGGGCGAAGACCGCGAGGAUGAUGGGAAGGGCGAUGGUGCGAGCGACGAGAGGAGCGACAACGAAAACGAAGAUAGGGACAAAGACAAGGACGAGGACGAGGGUGAAGACGAGGAGGCGAAGCACCGGGACAACUAUCAGCACCCGCAGAAGAUAUUGGUACAGCGACGGCGAGAGGUGCAGAAUGGUUUUUGA